AGGGCGACCGACGACACUAGGCCGGCAAUAAUUGGACUGCCGACUAUCAUCUUGAUCGAAGCCAAAAAUACGCACUCUUCAGUCUUCUCAACUGCUUUUGAACCUGAAACUAGCUAGUAAUAGUACUCAAAGCUUACCAAUGGCGAAUUUUUUUUUUUUUUCCCUCGUCUGCCGUGGUCCAUGGAUGCUCUCCGAAGUUUGUUUUCAAUAAGUGGAGUUUGGAGAUUGUUUUCAGCUGAAGCUGCUAACCUCAAGUAAUAAAGACACAGGGAAACCAUUGUGUUAUAACUUCCCUCAAAAAUCAGAACGUAAUCAAUAUAAAUGAUCAGCUCUUGUAUUGAGAUAUGGAUUUUGCGUUCCAGAGGUUAUGUCAAGUUGAUGCCAGAAGACUGCUGUUGAUCCUGGGCACAAUAGUUUCUACUGUAGUUGUGUUUCAGUAUUUUGAACUUCCCUCUGCAAACUACAUUUUGUCUCCGGUACCUGCUGGUAAGAUUUUGAUAUUAGCGUCAACUGGAAAUGACACCCACAUGAGUAACUCAAAAUCAACUGAUUCGCAUGUAGCGACUGUUGUGGCCAAUAAUACUAAUAUUUUUUAUUUGGGGGAAGAAUAUGGCUAUGAGGAUACAACAAAAGGAGUAGAUGGGGUUUAUGAUCUUGCAUCAUAUAAUGAUGGAGCUGUCAAUAGUUCCUUUGCAGUACAUGAGAAGAGGAACUUGCACAAUUUCAAAUUUGGGAGUGAUGUAGCACCAAAGAAGAAUUCGACAAGAAUGAUUGAGGGGGCAGAGUCUACAGACAAUAUUUCUACAAUAGAGAGGGCUGCGAAGGUUAAAGCGUUGGGCAACAAUUCUGUGCUGGAAUAUGAUGGAAAUUUAAGCACCAGUUCUGUGGUGGGGAAAGUUCAAAAUGGAACCAGUUCUGCAUCCUUGUCAUUUGUGUCACCAAAUGUUCCUUUAAGUGGCAUGGACGUAGAUGCAGAUUCAAAAACUUCUGUUUUAUAUGUUGCUGUGAACAUAUCUUUGGUGAGUAAUUCUGAACAACCUGGGCAAACACAACUCAAGGAUAAGAAUUCUGAGCCAUUGAAGACUGUUUCUAUCCCCUUGAACAACAAUUCAAGAAAAUUAAUCAAUUCUACAAGGAGGAGGGGGAGGAAGAAACCGACAUCGAUAUCCCAGAUGUACUCAUUAUUGCUCAACGGUCUUAUUGCUUCUGCUUCAGUGAAACGGCGUUGGUCAUCUAUACGUGAACGACAACUUCUAUCGGCAAAAUUACAUAUUUUGAAUGCUCCUGUUGCAAGGAAGACUCCAGGACUACAUGCCUCUCUCUUUCGAAAUGUUUCCAUGUUUAUGAGGAGUUAUGAUUUGAUGGAACACAUUCUCAAAGUUUAUAUCUAUAAGGAAGGAGAAAAGCCCAUUUUUCAUCAGCCGCAGUUACGGGGAAUUUAUGCCUCUGAAGGAUGGUUUAUGGAACUGAUGGAAGGAAAUAAACAGUUUGUUGUGAGGAACCCCAGCAAAGCUCACUUAUUUUACUUACCCUUUAGUUCAAAAAUGCUACGGGUAGCAUAUGCGCAAAGUUUGCCUAAUCAUCGGGAGUUGGAAGAGUACUUGAAGAAUUAUGUAGUUUUGAUUGCAGAAAAAUAUAUUUUCUGGAACAGAACGGGAGGGAUGGAUCAUUUUUUUGUUGCUUGUCAUGAUUGGGCUCCUCAAGUCACAAGGUCGAUUAUGCAAAAUUGCAUCAGAGUACUUUGCAAUGCGAAUGUUGCUAAAGGCUUCAACAUAGGGAAGGACACAGCGCUACCCGUAACAUAUGUCCGGGAUGAAGAGGAUCCCCAGAAAGAUCUCCAAGGAAAAUCUCCAUCACAGAGACCCAUUCUCGCCUUCUUUGCAGGGAGCAUGCAUGGUUAUGUCCGUCCAAUCCUACUGCAAUACUGGGAAAAUAAAGAACCUGACAUGAAAAUAUCUGGUCCAAUGCCUCGUGACAGUCGAGGCAAAAAGAUUUACAGGGAGCACAUGAGUAGUAGCAAGUAUUGCAUAUGUGCCAGGGGUUAUGAAGUACACACACCUCGGGUAGUUGAGGCCAUUUUCUCUGGGUGUGUGCCAGUGAUCAUAUCAGAUAAUUAUGUUCCUCCUUUCUUUGAGGUAUUAGAUUGGGAGGCAUUUUCUGUGUUCAUCCUGGAGAAAGAUAUCCCAAAUUUGAGAAACAGACUCCUCUCCAUUUCAGAAGAGAAGUACCUUGCAAUGCAGCUAAGAGUAAAUAUGGUGCAGCAGCAUUUCCUUUGGCAUAAAAAGCCGAUGAAGUAUGACUUAUUUCAUAUGAUCCUUCACUCAGUUUGGUACAGUAGAGUUUUGCAGAUAAAGACUUGAUGAGGGCAUAAUUUUGUGUUCUUAGUAGUGAGGAAGCAGGAAAGUAAGCAUUUGUCAAACAGAAAAAGCUGCUACUGUAAAUGGUCAACCAUUGGCCAAGGCAUUGAAGGGCACACUCAUCCAGCUAUAAGCAUGUCCCAUCAAUUUGUUUUUUGGUAAAUAGGUGAUGUUCAGUUCAGAUGCCACACUUCCUCUCUUCUUAUCAUGCAUAUGCAAUGCCAGCGGCACCAACAGCCAAACAUUAGAUUCAUAUCUACAAGGAGAGUUUGAUGUUCCAAUGAGACAUUUGAUAUUUUUCUUGACCAUUGAUUUAUGUUCUUAGUUCUGUAUGAUUUUGUUCUUUUUGUGCUCCAAAUAAACAAUUGUUUUGUGUGAGGUGGUGUUUGUAUAUAUUAUAGGGGCCACCAUUGUACUGGGGAAAUUGAAGAAUUUCAUUGUAGUUCUAUGAGACUGAAGGUGAUUUUCAAUAAUAUGUGCUUUGUAAUUAAGUAGUUA